ACAUUGACACACGCGGAGACCUAGGACAUGAAAAGUAAAGUAAAAACAAACACACUCUCGCGCUUUCUUCACCCGGCGGAUUUUCCCAUAGACCCUCCUCCCUUGUUAUUUAUGUCUAAACCCCUCACCCCUCUAUAAUUUCUACACACAACCUCAUCAUCAUUUAUUUUUGAUCUAACAAUGUCAAUGGCUUCUCCAUCUUUGAUCAAACCCAUCUUCUCCACUUCCCACAACCUCCGAUCUCCCUCCCUCCCCACCCUCAAAUCCCGCCCCUUGAUCGUCCGGAGCUCCGUCUCCGGCGUUGCGGCUCCGGCCAAUGCCGCGUUGACUAAAGGGUCGAAGGUGAAAUCAGUCAAGGCGAGGCAGAUUAUAGACAGUAGGGGUAAUCCAACGGUGGAAGUUGAUUUGGUGACUGAUGAGCUCUACAGAUCAGCUGUUCCCAGUGGGGCCUCCACGGGGAUUUAUGAGGCUUUGGAGCUGAGAGAUGGUGAUCAUAGUGUUUAUGGUGGCAAAGGGGUGCUUAAUGCUGUUAGAAAUAUUAAUGAAAUCUUGGGUCCCAAGCUUCUUGGCGUUGAUGUCAGGAAUCAAGCUGAUUUCGAUGCCAUUAUGUUGGAGAUUGAUGGAACUCCUAAUAAGUCAAAGCUAGGGGCUAAUGCCAUACUUGGAGUAUCCUUAAGUGUAUGUAGAGCUGGUGCAGGAGCCAAGGGAAUACCUUUGUACAAGCACAUUCAAGAGAUUUCUGGAACCAAAGAACUUGUGAUGCCAGUUCCAGCAUUCAAUGUGAUUAAUGGAGGUAGCCAUGCUGGAAACAACUUGGCCAUGCAAGAAUUCAUGAUACUACCAGUAGGAGCAAGCUCAUUUGCUGAGGCACUCCGCAUGGGUAGUGAAGUAUAUCACAUACUGAAAGGCAUCAUCAAGGCAAAAUAUGGACAGGAUGCCUGCAAUGUUGGAGAUGAAGGAGGUUUUGCACCCAAUGUUCAGGAUAAUAGGGAAGGACUUCUAUUGCUUGUUGAUGCAAUUGAGAAGGCUGGUUAUACUGGCAAGAUCAAGAUUGGAAUGGAUGUGGCAGCCUCAGAGUUUUUGACAAAAGAUGCGAAAUAUGAUCUAAAUUUCAAGAAACAACCAAAUGAUGGUGCUCAUGUGCUUGCAGCUCAAAGUCUAUGUGAUCUUUACAAAGAUUUCGUUAAAGAAUUUCCAAUAGUGUCCAUUGAAGAUCCUUUUGACCAAGAUGAUUGGAGCUCAUGGUCUUCUUUGCAGUCAUCAGUUGAUAUCCAGAUAGUAGGUGAUGACUUGUUGGUAACAAAUCCAAAGAAAAUUGCCGAAGCUAUACAGAAAAAAGCAUGCAACGGUUUGCUACUAAAGGUUAACCAGAUAGGCACAGUAACUGAAUCAAUUCAAGCUGCUCUCGAUUCCAAAGCUGCUGGGUGGGGUGUGAUGGUAAGCCAUCGGAGCGGUGAAACAGAGGAUAAUUUCAUUGCUGAUCUGUCUGUUGGAUUAGCUAGUGGACAGAUCAAAACUGGUGCUCCCUGCCGGAGUGAGCGGUUGGCCAAGUAUAAUCAGCUACUACGCAUUGAAGAGGAACUUGGAAAUGUUCGUUAUGCAGGUGAAGCAUUCAGAUCACCUUAAGACAAAAGAAAGCUUUACAUGGUUUUCAAUUCAAAUAAGUACUGAAUCAGGCUUACAAUCUUCCACAAGUCCCUGAAGGCGUACCAAAUUGUUUAGGAAAAAUAGAGAUCUCUAUGGGUAAUCCAAUCGGCUUAAUACGAUGUGCUCGUCUUAAAGGUCAAAUAGGAAGUUGGUACACUAUUGUUACAUGCUUGUAUCUUUUGUUGUCGUCGAACGAUGUAAACUGUCUCGUUUAGGGGGAUCUUACCCUGUUUCCGAACUGUAUUUUAUGUCAUUUAUACCAUCAAUCUAUUCCUGCUAAAGUUGCAAAAUCCACAGGCAGUCAAA